AUGCCUGUGAAUUUAGGAAGUUUUCUAAGGGAGAAGAAAUCCGGGAUAUGGAGAGUGAGUGAUUGGAGAAUGCGAAGACUAACAUACCAAAUAAAGAAAGCCAAGAAUGCUUACUACAUUUUGAUGAACUUUGAGAUAGAAGCCAAAUGGAUAAAUGACUUUAAGACCAUGUUGGACAAGGAUGAAAGAGUCAUUCGGCAUCUUGUGAUGAAGAGGGAUGAGGCAAUCACAGAGGACUGCCCUCCUCCUCCUGAGUUUCACACUGUCGGCGCAGGUACGGAUUCUGAUGAGGAAGAGGAGGAGGAUAUGGAAUACGACUUCGAAGAGUACGAAGAUGAAGAUGGGAUUAUUAUUGUUGACCAAUGCUGA